GAGCAGUCCGCGUAUCUGGGCAAGUUUGAACUUGUAUGAUUUUCAUUGCUGUACAGUGCGCGUGAUGAUUGGUUGUUAUCGGAAGUUCAAUAUUUAUGUCUUGUUAGAUCUGAGUCGUGAUUGGUCCGUUUCAAACAGACAAAUUCAUCAACAGCUGCGUAUUCAGGCAAAAUAUGAAAUAUUCAUGAGAGCGGGCAAAUUACAAAUUACACGCCAGAGUUUUGGAUGUUAUAAGCGGUGUGAACCUUGGCUGUACGUUCAAAAUGUCCAAGAGGACGAAAAGCAGGAAGAUCAUUGUUCGGGUAAAUGGCCAAGCAAACCAGGGAGGAAGAAAAGAAAUGGAAGAUUUUAAACGCGUCGUAUUCGAUCGAGAUCCGGAGCAAGCAUUUUUCGCGGUCUUUGAUGGCCACGGUGGAAGAGACGCGGCCAUUUUUGCCCGGGAACAUUUAUGGGACAUAAUAAAGCAGCAGAAAGGCUUCUACUCGAAUGAUACAGCCCGAGUCACUAAAGCCAUCAAGGAUGGAUUUAUGGCGACACACUGCGCAAUGUGGAAGCAGAUCGAUUCCUGGCCUCGUACAAGACACGGACUGCCAAGUACAUCCGGGACUACAGCAACCGUUGUGAUCCUCAAGGGUAGAACGCUGUACAUAGCUCAUGUGGGCGAUUCACGCGCAGCACUUGGGCGAUUGAAUAAGGAGAAAAAACUUCAAGCUGUGGCUCUCACCGCCGAUCAUAAACCCGACGUUCCAUCGGAAAAGACUCGAAUUGAGUCCCUUGGUGGAAAGGUCCUCUCUCGGAAUGGUGUACCGCGGGUAGCAUGGGAAAGGCCCGUCCAUCAUGGUCACAAGGGGCCUGUCAGAAGAAGUACCCAGACAGAAUCAGUUCCCUUCUUGGCCAUUUCAAGAGCACUUGGAGAUCUGUGGAGUUUCGACUAUUAUAGAAGUGAAUUCAUAGUCUCCCCAGUGCCCGACGUGCGAGUGUACAAGAUAAGCCCUGGUAUGGACAAGUUUCUGGUCAUUGCAUCGGAUGGCCUGUGGGGGAUGAUGAGAGUCGAGGAGGUGGUUAAAUUUGUGCACAAUUUCAACAAAGACGACCAUUUAAAAGGAGGAGACGUGUCACACAGGUUGAUUCAGCGCGCGUUGUCAAGAUGGCGAGAAAGGGAGCUUCGAGCGGAUAACACAAGUGUCAUAGUGGUGCACUUUGAGGAGGCUGAACAGGGAGCACCAGCUAAUAAAAUACCCAGACUAGACACUCCUGAGAGCGAAGAAUCAGAGACUGAAACAAAAGAAUCUACAGACUCUUCUCAAGACAGCGACAAAACACCGAACCAAGACUCCACGUUAUCUAGUGAAAAACCAACCCUGGUUAGGAAGCUGGCGUUUCGCUGUUCUAACCCAAUGCAACUGACUUCCUGCGUGAAUCUCAAUACGAGCAAGUCGUCACCUGAACUACCAUCAGCGUUUAAUUCACUCCGUAACGAACAUUCUUCGGCGGUGGUGUCGAAUUGUCUCUCGUGAAUGCUGUAUGGAAAGUCGCGUGAAGAAAAAAUCACCGCGGAGAGUCACUUCCCCGCAGCAAUCGAAUCCUCUGAAAAUCUAUUUUUAGAUUCUCGGGUGUAGUCACGUGCAUACACGGCCUGAUAUGAUUGCUUUCGCUGAAAAUAUAAUAGAUUUUGAAUUAUUGCCAACGGUCAAAUUUGUUUUCAAAAUUUCUUCUGGGUCGUAAAUGUUUUAAAUGGCAAAAAUGAAUUUUUUUAAUUGUAUAUAGUGUACAUAUCAAAAGCACUGCAUUCGUGGCCCUUUUUGGAUGAACAUAUAUAAAAAAAGGAAAUAUUAAAUGCGUUGAAACGUAAUUUGUAGGUAAGGUAUCGCAAACACAGAAAGUUUACUUUUUUAAUGUGCGGAUUAAUGGCGUUACAUGCAAGUCUGCACUUGAUGAAAUGUAGAAACUAGUGGGGAUCUUUAUAUUGAAAAUUUCGCGAAUUUUUGACUUUAAUUGGCUGAAAAAAAACUGCCUCGGUAGUUGUGAGAUGGGGUACUGAGUAGAACUCAAAAUAAGCUAGUAAAUGAUUUUCAUAGGAAAAAAGCUUUUUACUGUAGUAUAAACUGUAUGAACCGUGUUAGGAGUAGGAAAUAAGAUUUUGGCAUCUUUACUAAUACGAAAACGUGGAGAGAAAAGCACAAGUCAAUUCAAGAAAUGGACUUAACAAUAAUUUAGAGGUAAUCUGUGAGCGACUUCUAAAAGAAAACGAAGUGCAAGCACAAUGUGACGAAUUUAAAUUAUUUAUUAGCAAGCGAUUUUAUGCCUGGACAAAUAAAAAAAAUCAAGAAAAAUAAACUCAAUGCAACUUCUAGCGCAA